GGCGCGGGCGGCCGUCAGAGGCACUCGCAGCCCAGCGCGCAGCAGCCCGGCAGGCACACGCACACGCGCACCCCGCAGCCGCCCCCCGCGCGGCCCCCGGCCCGGGGCGGCGGCGGCGGCGGCGGCCCGGGGCGCGCGGGCCGGCGCUGGGCGGGGCCCCGGGGCCCCCUGGGGCGGCGGGCGGGCGGGGGCGGCGCUCGGGGGCCCGUCUGGUCAGCACCCAUCCUCCGGGCGGGCCGCACGGUCCGCGGCGCGACGGGGGCGGGGGGCGGGGGGCGGGGGGAGGGGGGGGCGGAGGGGUGGGGGGCGGGGGCGCCCACCGGCUCCCAGACCGCGGCGGGGCGCGGGCGCUGAGCGGCGGCCUGUCUCGCAGGUCUGGAUGCUGGCGGUCGGCGUUCUGCUGGCGCUGGCGCCGGGCCGGGCGGCGGGCGCCCUGAGGGCGAGCAGACGCCCGGCGCGGCCGCGGGGCUGCGCCGAGCGGCCCGAGGAGCUCCUGGAGCAGCUGUACGGGCGGCUGGCGGCCGGCGUGCUGGGCGCCUUCCACCACACGCUGCAGCUGGGGCCGCGCGAGCAGGCGCGCAACGCGAGCUGCCCGGCAGGGGGCAGGCCCGGCGACCGGCGCUUCCGGCCGCCCACCAACCUGCGCAGCGUGUCGCCGUGGGCCUACAGAAUUUCCUACGACCCUGCCAGGUACCCCAAGUACCUGCCCGAGGCCUACUGCCUGUGCAGGGGCUGCCUGACCGGGCUCUUCGGGGAGGAGGACCUACGUUUCCGGAGCGCCCCGGUGUACAUGCCCACCGUCAUCCUGCGGCGGACCUCGGCCUGCGCGGGCGGCCGCUGGGUGUACACCGAGGAGUACGUCACCGUGCCCGUGGGCUGCACCUGCGUCCCCGAGCAGGAGAAGGAGGCCGACGCCGUCAACUCCAGCAUGGACAAGCAGGGCGCCAGGCUUCUGCUCGGCCCCGGCGACAAGCCGGGCCGGCCCUGAGGCCCUUGCUGCCCGAGGCCCGCGUCCCCGGAGCCGCCUCCUAGGCGAGCAAGCGAGGACGUAGCGAGCAAACGGGACGCGCCUGCGCGGGACGGGCCCUCGGCCCAGCCGGCCGCCCUCCCACCCCCGCUUUCCUUCCGGGCGGAAGCAGCGGGGCGGCCAAGGCAGGCUGCCGGAAGUCACCCCGGGGACGCGACGUCAGGCCGGCGGCGUGCGGCCGGGACCUGCCCAAGGUGGCUGGAGGCCGGGAGGGGAAAACAUUUUUUCAGAAGCACGAUGGGAAUCUUCAGAUAAACUUUUUAGAUGGCGCGGUGGCCGUCCCGGAUUCGGCCAGGCCCCAGUCGCUGACCACAACGGAACGGACGGGGCUAAAUGUGACCCGUUUCCGCUGAAGGUCUCCGCAGGCUGCCGCGCGGAGGACCGGGAAGCCCCGGGGCUCCGCUCGCCGCCCCCAGGCCAGGGGUUCCAGGGAUCUCAGACUUUGUUCAGGAGCAGAUUCAUACAGCUGAACAUUUGUUUUCCCUUUGAAAGUAAGUGGGGCCAAGUAAGAGGUGGAGGGAUGAGGCGAGAGGUAGAAUGUGGUGUCUCUGCCACGUGUCAAGAAUCCAAGUCUCAGUUUCAGGGCCUCAGGAACUAGCCGAAUGGGAGAAGCGGGCCUACUUACGAUUCCGGAAGUCCGUAUUGGGGGCCUCUUUUUCACACCCUGCGAUGUGAGCUAAAUCCAUAGCCUCUUCUGUAGGUUGAACACCAUUAUUUGUAAAAGCGAGAAUUUCUUUUGAAAUCAUUAAAGCAACGGUGGAUGAAGGGUA